AUCCUCUUGUCCCGGGAGCUGCCUCCGAUCUCAGGAGUCGCCAGAGACCGAAUGGAGACAGAAGCGCCCCAGCCCGGACUGUCGCCCCCGGACUCCGCGCACGAUCCCUGCAAAAUGUUCAUUGGGGGACUGAGCUGGCAGACGACACAAGAGGGCCUGCGGGAGUACUUCAGUCAUUUUGGGGAUGUAAAAGAGUGUCUUGUCAUGAGAGAUCCAUUGACCAAAAGAUCAAGGGGAUUCGGAUUUGUAACUUUCAUGGACCAAGCGGGAGUGGACAAAGUUUUGGCUCAAUCACGACAUGAGCUGGACUCAAAGACGAUUGACCCAAAAGUAGCAUUUCCUCGGAGAGCUCAACCCAAGAUGGUAACACGGACAAAGAAGAUUUUUGUAGGGGGCUUGUCAGUUAACACAACAGUUGAAGAUGUGAAACAAUAUUUUGAGCAGUUUGGGAAGGUGGACGAUGCCAUGUUAAUGUUUGAUAAAACAACAAACAGGCACAGAGGGUUCGGGUUUGUGACCUUUGAAGGAGAGGAUAUUGUGGAGAAAGUUUGUGAUAUUCACUUUCAUGAGAUCAACAAUAAAAUGGUUGAGUGUAAGAAGGCACAACCCAAGGAGGUGAUGUCACCAACAGGAUCUGUGAGAGGCCGAUCUCGGGUCAUGCCCUAUGGAAUGGACGCCUUCAUGCUGGGCAUAGGCAUGCUAGGAUACCCGGGAUUUCAGGCUGCUACAUAUGCCAGUCGCAGCUACACAGGCAUUGCACCUGGGUAUACUUAUCAGUUCCCAGAGUUUCGUGUAGAGAGAACCCCUCUCCCGGGCGCCCCAGUCCUCCCAGAACUCACAGCAAUCCCCCUGACUGCAUAUGGUCCCGUAGCGGCAGCAGCUGCAGCAGUGGUGAGAGGCUCCACUCCAACCCGCACAGGGGGGUUUCUUGGAACAAGCAGCCCAGGGCCAAUGGCAGAACUUUAUGGAGCAGCCAAUCAAGAAUCAGCAGUUAGCAGCUAUAUCAGUGCCGCAAGCCCAGCUCCCAGCACAGGCUUUGGACACAGCCUUGGGGGUCCUCUGAUUGCCACUGCUUUUACCAACGGCUACCACUGAAACAGCAAGUCACUGCAGAGGCUUGAGUCUGGAAGCAUCUCUUGCACGAUUCUGUUCCUCCCCUCUCUGAAUAUCCGAUGGCUGUACCUCACCUUGUGUUCCUGCACAGUAACUGGUGCCUCCUGCACAACCUUCACCUAGGAACUUCUUAUUUAUUUCUUUUUUUUCUGUUUCUUUUUUUUAAUUCUUCUUUAUUAUUAGAUUUGUGUUUUGUCCAAAUUAGAAAUCAGGGAGACAUUUCCGAAAUCUUCAUGGUAUUUUGUUUUGGUAAGAUGCAGAGAAUCCUUGGUACGAAAUGAUUCUGAAAAGAGGGGAGAUUGUAUUUCCACCUGUCUGGAAAUGUGUUUUUUUUUUUUUAUUCUUUUCUUCUUUCUAUUUUUUUUAUAUUUUUAUGUAAAUUUCGGCUCUUAAAAACAUGUAAAACUGAAAUUUGGAGACAACAGUGCACAAGAACAAGACAAAUGUAUAUUUUGCUAAAUGAAAAAAACUAUUUGUAGAACAGAAAUUAUUUUAAUUUUCUCAAAGCUGGUUUGAAGUUUUUUUUUCUGUGUAAAAUAUGUAAAUAUUGCAGACUGAUUGUUCUGCCACCGGAAGGUCUCUUUGGCCCAGAUUAUCUUUUGGCUACUUGGGCCUGUGUUUUAGCAAUAUUUUCCUAAAGCCUGAAUGGAUUGUCAGGUCUUUUAUACAUUUUAUUAUGAUGGAUGUCAGUCCACAGGAAUAUGAUGAGUUACUCUCAUGCAGGGGAAUGCAGGUGCCAUGCUGCAAAACUUCUUACUCUUUAGCCUCUGAUAAUGAACUCUUUAAGUUUCACUUGUCCUUUGCUCUUGGAUAUAAAGAGGGCUUUACGGUGGGCUAAUCUCAAAGCAUCAGAUAGAGCUCUCUGGGGACAAGACUCCUGUCAGCUACAAAGCUGCUGUAAAAUGCUGUUACACACUGACUUACUUAGGGAUCCCCAGUAAAGUAAGUGUAUGCCCAGUCCAUAUGGAUGAACUGUCCGCCUUUCGAUCUGCUCUGCACUCUUUAUAGUUUGGAAUGCUAUAAAUUAAAUGCAGAUCCAGUUCCUCUGUAUGAUCAGUGUGUAAGUCCAUUUCUGUCUCCCUUUGUUUGUUAUGUGGAAUCCUUCCCAGAAUAAAAUCAUGUGGAAAUCCCACCCACCCCCAAAACUGUCUCACUUGCAAUAAGGAAGGUGCUACAGUUUAAAGAGUUUAUUAUCACUGGGCCAAAUACGAUACUGUACUGCAAAUUCAAAGCAAUAAUCUUUGUUACUGCAACUGGACUUUUUUUUUAAAGAUAGUUCAAAAUAAACUAUGAAUUUUAUUCAUUUGUA